GUGGGUAACAUUGCCCAUUCUUCCAGAAUUGAACUGUGUGACGGGCGAAUUGUUUUAGUGAAUUUUGUGUUAAAUUUCAAUAAAAAUGUCCACAAUUGCCGCUCCUUUAUCCAUCGCAGGGACCAGAAGCUCUGGAGCCCCAGUCAGAACACAAAAUGUGAACGCUGCGGCCGCGAUAGCGAACAUAGUGAAGAGUUCUUUGGGUCCCGUGGGUCUGGACAAAAUGCUGGUGGACGACAUUGGCGAUGUCACAGUCACAAAUGAUGGUGCUACUAUUCUUAAGAUGUUGGAGGUGGAGCACCCUGCAGCCAAAGUGUUGGUGGAACUGGCACAGCUGCAAGACGAGGAGGUCGGAGACGGCACCACAUCCGUUGUCAUUAUUGCUGCUGAAUUAUUAAAGAAUGCAGAUGAACUGGUCAAGAACAAGAUUCACCCUACAAGCAUCAUCUCUGGCUACCGUCUAGCUUGCAAGGAAGCAGUGAAGUACAUCCAGGACAAUCUCACUGUCACCGUGGAGUCGCUGGGACGGGCCUCUAUCAUCAACGCUGCCAAGACCACCAUGUCCUCUAAGCUUAUUGGAGCUGACGCAGAUUUCUUCUCAGAAAUAAUAGUGGACGCGGUCCAGGCCAUCAAGAUCACGGAUCCCAAAGGCAACGCCGCCUACCCCAUCAAGGCCGUCAACAUCCUGAAGGCGCACGGGCGCAGCGCCCGCGAGAGCGUGCUGGUCAAGGGUUACGCCCUUAACUGCACGGUUGCGUCGCAAGCCAUGCCUAAAAAGAUUGUCAAUGCUAAGAUUGCUUGCUUAGACUUUUCACUGCAGAAGACUAAGAUGAAGAUGGGUGUUCAGGUGCUAGUAUCAGACCCAGAAAAGCUGGAAGCAAUCCGUGCGCGCGAGCUCGACAUCACCAAGGAGCGGCUCCAGAAGAUUCUGGCCACCGGCGUGAACGUGAUCCUGUGCAGUGGCGGCAUCGACGACCUCUGCCUCAAGUACUUCGUGGAAGCCGGCGCCAUGGGCGUGCGGCGCUGCAAGAAGACCGACCUCAAGCGGAUCGCCAAGGCCACGGGCGCUGCCUUCCUCACUUCACUCACUAACAUGGAUGGAGAGGAGGUGUUCGAGCCCAGCAUGAUCGGAGAAGCUGCCGAAGUCGUACAGGAACAAAUCUGUGACGACCAGCUCAUUCUUAUCAAGGGCCCCACAGCGCGCACAGCGGCGUCCAUCAUCCUGCGCGGCCCCACGGACGCCUACUGCGACGAGAUGGAGCGCUCGGCGCACGACGCGCUGUGCGCCGUGCGCCGCGUGCUGGAGUCCGGCCGCCUCGUGCCCGGCGGCGGCGCCGUCGAGGCCGCGCUCUCCAUCUACCUCGAGAACUUCGCCACCACGCUGAGCUCUCGUGAGCAGCUGGCGAUAGCCGCGUUCGCGCAGUCGCUGCUGGUGAUUCCGAAGACGCUGGCCGUGAACGCGGCGCGCGACGCCACCGACCUUGUGGCCAAGCUGCGCGCCUACCACAACUCCUCGCAGACCAAGGUGGAACACGCGAACCUAAAAUGGGUGGGCCUGGACCUGAUAGAAGGCACCCUGCGCGACAACCUAACGGCCGGCGUUCUAGAACCCGCCAUCUCCAAGGUGAAGUCGCUCAAGUUCGCCACCGAGGCCGCCAUCACCAUCCUGCGCAUCGACGACAUGAUCAAGCUCGACCCCGAGCAGUCCGCCGGCAAGUCCUACCAGGACGCCUGCCACGCCGGCGAGCUUGACUAACCGCUCUCACUAUACUCUGCCACGUUACAAGGGAUUUUUUACUGAUAAGUCGUACAGCCGCCAUCAGAUAUAUCGGAGCGGCUGUUGUGCUCACAAAUAUCUAAGCAUACGUUUUUUGUCAUGGCGUUAGAGCCAACACACAAUCCGACGUCGUGUCGUGGCACGGUUUACGUCGUAGAUUUCUACGACACGACGUCGCAUCGUGCCAUUGUGUUGGCCCUUAGGGCUCUUGUUCAGAAAUUUUGAGCAUCUCACGCAUGCCAUGAUAUACCCGGGCUAAUAUGUGACCCAGAUUAAAAUUGUCUUGAUAAUAGUUUUGUUCAAAUGUUUAUAGAAAACUUGGUCGCUCUGAUGUGUCUGAUGGUGACUGUACUAUCGUCAUCGAAUGUACUCUGCUAUAAUUGCUGCAGUUAUGUGCAACAGUACUUCAAAUGAUUGAUGUUAUCAUCCACUAGUAUUGUUUUGUUCAUUGAGAGCCAUUUGAAAUUGAGCUUUAUUAUAGCCGUCAAAAUUAGGGUCUCAUAUCACAAUUAAAACUGGCGGGCAUUUUAAAUAUAUCAAUGUUGCUUUCUUAUCAAUUUGUCUUAACUAAAUACAGAAAGAUUUAAAAAGUAUUUUUUAUACAUCUAAACCACUGAGAUCUUUAUGUGAAUAUUAAAUACAUAAUGUGCUUGAAUGAUUCAGAUGCCUGAAUGUGUUAAGUUUAUUUUGUCAAAAAAUGUAAGCUUCACAUGUGAUUGGAAUUUAAGAAUAUAUUAGAUCAGGGUUGUAUUAAAAAUUGCACAUAUACCAAAUUUGAAUAUAUAAAUAAAAUAAGGCAGGACCAUGUAAGAUUUUACUUCAGCCUCAUCAUAAUUAAGUAAUGAGACAAGUGUUUUAAAAAAUGACAUUAAAAAUGUAGACGCAGGAGUUUUACGUAUAUAUAUAUAUCAUUGAGUCACAAUCACAAAUUCACAAUUGCGUUCAGGUUAUGUAGCUGAAGGUAUUAACACGAGUUUUAUUUAUGUCAACCAGUUUAUGGUUAUAUUGCUUUCACUUAAUGCUAGAUAAUGUUGCUAGAACUGUCUUAUGUACUACUUAAUUAAUAAAAAUAAUUUUAAUACUA